CGCGCGUCCUUACUAGGCGCGUUGACUUUAUAAGGCCCCCCCCCAGCCGCCUCCGGCAGAGGACCCCCCCUCCGCCGGCGCGCCCGGGGACGUCGCCUCGCCGAGAGUCGCACACUCGCCGUGCGCGAGCGCGGGCCCGCGGCGCGUCUUCCACGCGCUGGCCAUCGUCAUAGUGGUGGCCGCCGUGGCCUGCUCCAUCGUGGCCUUCGUGCUGCUGGUAGUUCAGUCGGUGAUGAGCCUCAAGGAGCACUGGAACAUCUACAGAGAUGGGGCAAGGGACGUGUCCAAGUUCCUGGAGCGUGAAGUGGGCAACGUGGCCGGGACGCUCUCGCAGGAGAUGGCGGACAGCAUCGCGCAGAGCACGCUGCGCCAGGCCGAGGACCUGGUGUCCACGAUGGUCACCCGCCUGCUGAGCAACAUAUGGAGCAGCGUGCUGGAGUUCCUGAUGAUGGUGCUCUACAUCUCGUUCUGGCUGGCGAACCCCAUGCCCGUGGGCAACAAGGUCGAGGAGCUCUUCCGGCGCUACAUCCUCCUGAAGGGGCUGGCCUGCGCCGGGUACGGCAUCUGCGUGGGCGUGUUGCUCAGCGUCCUAAGCGUGGACCUGUCGGCCUUUUUCGGGCUCGCCGCCUUCCUCCUGAGCUUCGUGCCCGAGGUGGGCGCAUUUGCCGCCAUCCUGCUGCCCAUGCCGGUGAUCCUCUUCGACAGCCGCCAGGACGCGCCUGGGGGCACGCUGGCGCUGGCCACUGGCUGCCAGCUGAUGCUGAAGUUCGUGUUCGCCAACGUGGUCGAGGUGAAGCUCGUGGAGGCCGACCGCCUUAUGAAGAUGCACCCCGUGAUCAUCCUCCUGGCCGUGACCUUCUUCGGCCUCAUCUGGGGCCCCACCGGCAUGCUGCUGUCGGUGCCCUUUGUCGCCUACCUGAAGGUGAUCGUCCUCUCUGAGAGCGUCCCCGCGCUGUACCGCGACCCGGUGCUCGUGGUGCUCGAGGGCGACAGGGGCGCACCGGCCAAGCACGCGCGGAACCACAGGCACCUGGAGGUCGAGGCCUCCGCCGCGAGCAGCGACAGCAACCACGACGGCGAGGACGGCGGCGAGGACUGCGGCGGCACCAGCGCCGCGCCGCCGGCGUCCCCGAGGGCCGAGCUCCGCGGCCGGCGCGAGAACGCCACGCCCGAGAGAGACCGCGCCGCCUGCGCCGCCUGAGGCGCGGGGGGCCAGGCCGCGCCCCGCCGCGCGCGCCGCGCGCGC